UGUUUCCCAUACAGUAUAAAAAUUAUCAUACCGCCAAAAGAGCCAUUUUCAUUUGCGCCACCAUGUGGGUGUACUGUCACAUGGUGACCCUGCCGACCUUCAUCCAGGAUGAACGCCUGCGUCCCGCCAAGAUGGAGCACUUCUGCUUCUUCAACACUGACCGACGGCCCUUUUGGGGUCGGGCGUUAAACUUUCUCGUCUACCAGUUCAACGAGAUCCUCAUUAUUAUCGCCUAUCCCGUCACCGUCCUGCUGUACUGGCGCAAGCUGCGCGCUGCCAAGAUGGAAGAUAUGCGGCGCAUCAAGAAAGAACACUACCAUUACCAACAGACAGCGGCCACGAUUCGCCGGGAAACUCGGAUAAAAUACGCGCUUAUCGUCCUGACCACGGUGACUUGUAGUGUGGUGCUGUUCUGGACGCCGUUAGUGGGAUACGGGUUACUCAAACCGUUGCUGCGGCUUAAUAGUGCGGCGGCGUUUCGCUUUCAGGAGACCGUACUUGCUAUUUAUACAGUGCAACCAGCAACGGAUCCCAUUCUGCUGACCUUUGCGCUUCGUGAUGUAUGGGAGCAGUUGAAAAAGGCAUUCCCUAAGAACAACCGUAUCGACAGUUCUCAAUGAAGCAGCUUCCUGCGUUUUAUUAUUUUAUUUAUUGUCCUUCAAAAUGUCGAAAGUUGAAAAACGUAUUUGAAGUUACUAGCCAGAACUGCGUGCAAUAUUAAUUUUGCGUAGAGUAGAUAUUGUAAGAUUGGUACAUAUUGGUAUUUAACUUGCAGUAUUAGGCGUUUGCUAAUUUCGGCUUCUUGAUUAGAUGUGCAUAAAAAAUGCAUUACAGAAAGCUCAAUAUUUCGAAUUUUCUGUUUAGCAGCGGCUGGCAGAGUUGAUGUUGCCUUUCGCAAAGCAGAGGAACUU